UUUUCAGCAUUUCAUUCUUGUCGAAUUUGAGGAACAAUCUGAAGUCCAAAAUCUCCUGAAAAAUACCUCGUAUGUUGACGAAACACUAAUUGUUCCAACAUAUUCACAACUUUCUAUGGUUCAAGGCCCAAAACAAGAAGUCUCCGAAGGUGAGACAAAUCGAUGGCGCUGUUUUGUCUAUCGAAAAUGGAACUAGGAUUUUAAGUGACCACGAAAUCAUUAGUUCACUGAGACAGUGUGAAAAUAUAUCAGAACAAAUGAAGUUACUGUAUUCGUUAACCAAAUUGAAUUACCUGGGCUCGAGGCUGAGGUAUCUCACAGUGUUACAAAUAGAUAAUAUGGUAUCAGGAAUGUUCCCGCAUGCUCAAGCUUAUCCGUUUGGUUCUAGUGUAAAUGGUUAUGGAAAAAUGGGAUGUGAUUUAGAUCUAGUUCUAAGGCUUGUUGAUAAAAAGAGUUCCGAAGAGAGCAGACUGAUGUUCCAUUGCAAGGUUUCCAAUGGGUCGGAGAGAUCUACAAACCAACGGCAUAUAGAAGCAUUUGGUGACAUGAUUCACUUGUUUCUUCCUGGAUGUGUACAAGUAAGAAGGAUAGUGCAGGCUAGAAUUCCUAUUAUAAAAUAUCACCAACAGCUGACUGAUGUGGAAUGUGAUUUAUCGAUAGGAAAUAUGUCUGGCGUUUACAUGUCCGAAUUCCUGUAUCUUAUGGGAGAAAUAGACCAAAGAGUGAAACCGUUAGUGUUUACAGUGAGAAAAUGGGCAGAAUUAGUGGGCAUUACAAAUUCCUCGCCAGGACGAUGGAUAACAAAUUUCUCAUUGACCCUAAUGGUACUUGCUUUUCUUCAGAGUACCGUUAAGUGGACAACCUAUCUUACCAUCUUUGAAUACGUUGAUAAAAUUAGCAGAUAAAAAUAACAAAUAUAUUACUGAAGAUGGUAUCAACUGCACAAGUCUCAAGAAUAUUACCAAAUUCAAUAGAAACAGUACAAAUACAGAUACCCUAGAAUCUUUAUUGAAAGAAUUUUUCCAGUACUAUUCUCAGUUUGACUUUUCUACAAAAGCAGUUUGUCUCAACGAAGCUUUACCUAUUACUAAGCCAGAAUUCAGUCCAUUAUAUAUAGUCAAUCCAUUGGAGAGAAGUUUAAACGUUAGUAAGAAUGUGAGCGCUGAAGAAGUUGACAGAUUCAAGAUGGAAGCGCGAAAUGCAUUGUGGGCGUUAGAAGCCGAAGAACAGUCGGUCGGAAACUGGGGCUUAUCAGCCAUUUUCAGUAGGUAUGAAUCCCCAUAUAAAAGAUUUGGUA